CCGCCUUCAAAGGGGCAAAGGGGUGGAACUAUAUUGUAGUUGGCUGGGAUGUGACAGUUUUGUUUUUAAUAAUAUGUAAAACUGUUUUGUGACGGCGGUGCAGCUGUCGGAGAUUGUGUCUCACUCACGAAGUGUUGAAAAAGUCUGAGGUAGUUGGCAACAGGGCGUACGUGAGAGUUGGUAAAGUGUCCGUUUUCUGUUCGCGGUUGUGAGGAGUAGCAGGUAUUGACCAUCGGGCACGAGCAAGGCAUUUGCGAAGUAAGGGACCAUUGAUCUCUAAGGGGCCCUUGAACAGUACCAAGCAAGACGGAGAGAAGCAGCCCCGCUGGGCGGCCGAUUGGUCGGCACUCCUUCUCUGUUCAUGGCAGCUCCGGGGUGAAUAAGAAUGACAAGUUAUUACUGCUGGUGUAGAAACGGACGGAAGACUGUGUGAAGACCAUUAUUAAUGCUCAUUACUAAUUUCAAACAAAGCAAUGUCGCUUUGCCGUUGUGCGGUUAAACAUAGCGACUCUGACAUGGAGAGUUGCCACUCUUCUGCCAGCUGUGGGCUGAAGAUUAAUAUGUUUUGGACCCCUGAGGGCCCCCCAGAUAUCUGUUAUACACAGGGAACUUUCACUGCAGAGGAUGUUUGUAUACAAGCAGCACAGAAGAUUGGAGUCACUCCUGUUUGUUACAGCUUCUUUGCAUUGUAUGACACAAAAGGACAAUACUGGUACAGUCCGAAUCACACAUUUGCAAUUAACAAAGACACAAACAUAAUUGUUGAUUUCCGUAUAAGAUUUUACUUUCGAAAUUGGCAUGGUUUGAAUGAUAAAGAGACAGCAGUUCACCGCAGUGCAACAAGACAUUAUGAUUCAAGCGGAGAGAGACAGAAGAGUGACCUAGGAAACCCCAUUUUUGACCAAUCUUCCUUAAGAUACCUAUAUGCCCAGGGACAGCGAGAUUUUAUUAAUGAUGUUGCAUCACUGAAGGAUUUGAAUUCUGAACAGGAGCUGCACAUAUUUAAGAACGAGUGUCUUGGGAUGGCUGUGCUUCAUUUAUCACACAUUGCCGUUCAUACUGGCAGGUCAUUGGAGCAGGUUGCACAGGAAAUUAGCUUUAAAGACUGCAUUCCUAAGUCAUUUUGCAAGCAGCUUCAACAGAACAAUUACCUGACAAAAUUUCGCAUCAGAACUGUGUUCAGAAAGUUUGUGCGAAGAUUUAACUUACACACAGUAAGUUCUGGGAAGCUUGGUUUGCAGGAUAUUAUGUACAAGUAUUUGUCAACCUUGGAGAAUCUGGCAGCCAGUUUUGGAGCUGAACUCUUCUCAGUGCUGUCCUUACAUACUUCAUCUGGGACUGAAAACAGUAAUCCCUAUGUUAAUGGACGGUGUUGCAUUGAGAGCAUGACAGGAGGUUGCACACCCAUGGAAGAAUCGCCAACUUAUGAGGUUUUCGUUAGUGGGUCAGUGGGAAUUCAGUGGAGACCCAUUCAGAAAGUGUCAGCAGAAAAUGGCAGCUGCAAGAACUAUUUUGGUAGAGGCAAGAAAAUGAAAGGAAACAAGAAUAUGUCUAAUUACCCUCCUCCAAAUGUACACCCAUGGAGCCAUUUCUGUGAUUUCCAGGAGAUAACGCAUGUUGUCAUCACAAAGAAUCUGGUCAACGUGAACCGGCAGGACAAUAAAUGUCUGGUGCUGGUGCUACCGUCUCCUGAAGUGGCACUAUCCUUUGUAUCUUUGGUUGAUGGCUAUUUUCGACUUGUCGCAGAUUCCCACCACUACUUGUGCAAUGAGGUAGCUCCACCGCGGUUGGUGCUCAGCAUCCUGAAUGGCAUUCAUGGCCCAGUGCACGAAGAUUUUGUAAUCAGCAAGCUAAAGAAAGAAGAAAUUAAUGAGGGAGUAUGCAUUUUUCGAUGGAGUGCCUUCAACUUUAACCGGAUAAUCAUGACCGUAAUGAACAAGGAGAGAUCUCAGACAAAUGGACUGAUGAAUCAUUUUCAGUACAAGCAGUUUCGAAUUCUGAGAAAGGAUACCUCUUUCGUUUUAGAAGGAUGGGACAGAGAAUUCUCCAGUAUAAAAGAAUUGUCCGACAGUUUAAGAGGGUGCACACUAAAGUGUGGAGAUGAAUGUUAUGCAGUGAAAAAAUGUUGCCUGCCCAAACCAGCAGAAAUCUCUGAUUUGAUUAUUGUGCGGAAGCCUAAGGAUACUGCAUUGAGGCAGUCAUCUAAAACCCUUAAUUUGAGCCAGCUGAGUUUUCAUCAGAUACGGAAGGAAGAGAUUACUCAGGAGGAUCACUUGGGUCGUGGAACUAGGACUAACAUAUAUACCGGUAAAUUGCAUGUUUGGGGAGGUGAUGAUGGACUGAAUGACGAAUACUUCUCUGAUGAAUGGAACAACAACAACCGAAGGGACAUCCGGGUUGUGUUGAAGGUACUUGAUCCCAGUCACAGAGACAUUGCCCUGGCCUUCUUUGAGACAGCCAGUUUGAUGAGUCAAGUUUCACACAUUCAUCUGGCAUUUGUUCAUGGAGUUUGUGUACGUGGUCUAGAAAAUAUUAUGGUUGAAGAAUACAUAGAAUUUGGCCCUCUGGAUGUUUUCUUGCGGAAAGAAAAAGGAAGGGUGACCCCAGAAUGGAAGUUCACAGUGGCCAGGCAGCUGGCAAAUGCUUUGAGCUAUCUGGAGGACAAGAACUUGGUCCAUGGAAAUGUUUGUGCAAAGAACAUCUUGUUGGCACGAAAAGGAUUAGAAGAGGGUACUGUUCCAUUUAUUAAACUGAGUGACCCUGGAGUAAGCUUCACUGCACUUACUAGAGAAGAACGCGUUGAACGAAUCCCUUGGAUUGCACCUGAAUGUGUCCAUAACAUCAACGACUUAAGCAUUGCUGCAGAUAAAUGGAGUUUUGGCACAACCUUGUUGGAGAUUUGUUAUAAUGGUGAUGUUCCGUUGAAGGAACGUACACUGUCAGAGAAAGAGAGAUUUUAUGAAAAAAAGCUGAAACUGCAAGAGCCAUCGUCUCCAGAACUUGCAAGCUUUAUUAGCCAGUGUUUGAACUAUGAUCCAAGUGAGAGACCAUCUUUUAGAACCAUUCUCAGGGAUCUUACCCAUUUAAAACCUAUAAAUCUUCGAGAUGAAGAUGUGGCAGUACCUGUAGAUCCUACUGUGUUCCUGAAGCGGUAUUUGAAGAAGAUUCGGGACCUUGGGGAAGGACAUUUUGGCAAGGUGAGCCUCUUCUUGUAUGAUCCCAACAAUGAUAGAACAGGAGAGAUGGUGGCUGUAAAGUCCUUAAAAUCAGAAUGUAGCAUACAACUUCAAGCAAGUUGGACCCGUGAGAUCGAAAUUUUGAAGACACUUUACCAUGAAAAUAUAGUCAAGUAUAAAGGCUGCUGCAAUGAGCAAGGAGGUCAGGUUGUUCAGCUUAUAAUGGAAUAUCUUCCUCUUGGCAGCCUGCGUGAUUAUUUGCCAAAGCACAACACAAGUCUUGCACAGAUCUUGCUUUUUGCAACACAGAUAUGCGAGGGAAUGACUUAUUUACACUCCCAACGCUAUAUCCACAGAGAUCUGGCAGCUCGCAAUGUGCUGGUUGAAAAUGAAAAUUUGGUAAAGAUUGGUGAUUUUGGCCUAGCUAAAGCUGUGCCUGAGGGUAGUGAGUACUAUCGAGUUAAAGAGGACGGCGACAGUCCUGUGUUCUGGUAUGCUGUUGAUUGCCUUAAGGAAGGAAAGUUUUCAUUUUCUUCAGACGUAUGGUCCUUUGGAGUUACAUUGUAUGAGCUCGUAACUUGCUGUGAUGUCCACCAGAGUCCCCCAGCAAAAUUUAUUGAAAUGAUUGGCUCAACUCAGGGUCAAAUGACUGUGGUGAGACUUAUUGAAUUGCUAGAGAGAGGGCAUCGUUUGCCACGCCCAAAGGACUGCCCAGUGGAGAUUUAUACAUUGAUGAAAAGUUGUUGGGAGAAUGAAGCUUUCUGUCGGCCUAAGUUUCAGAACCUCAUUCCACUACUGAAGUCCUUGUAUAACAGGUUUCAGCCUGUCUGUGCUCCUCCUGUGGUCAGUGUAUGUUAGGACAUCCAGCACUACUCGGUUUCCAUUCGUACCUUAUUCUUAUUGGCUAACAGAGUGAGGACCAUGUAUCUGAACAUGCACAGGCUGCGUCAGUGGUAGCAGAGCUACCAAAAACUUGGUUAAUUUUGUCAAAUUACAGUUGUUUCUCUGGCUGCUAUGCUAAAUUUGAGCCAAGUAAAUCUGAAUGUAAUUAUGGACAGUACAAACUUGGAGCAGAACGUGCAGAUCUUUUACCUUUUUGAGAGAACCAUUCAUUACUAAAGGGAAUGAUGAAAAGAUUGUCCCUUGUAGACAUCUGAACAACAGAACUGCUGCUAAUGGAAGAGUGUAGGAUUUUUAAAAUCCCUGUUUCUUGACAAGUAUUAACUCUUGAAGCGUUUUGUACAGUGCUGCUUCAGUCCUUCCAAAGAAAACGGUUACUUUGUCAUGUGCGAAUAUCUUUUGUAUAUCGUCCAGCAGUGAUAGUUGUUUGAAACGUGGUGGUAGCAGCCAUCUUGGAACUUUUUAAAUUUUCCAGUCCAGUUAAACGUUUCGGUGUAGUUUGCCAAAUUUGAUUGUGGAAAUCACACACUGGAGUUUUGGCUUGAUGAGAGUUCUUUCUUAAAACUGCCUCAAGUCAUUAAUUUUCCAUGAAAAGAAACAUCUUGGCAUUGACUUUGAAGAUAAUUGCCGAUUUUAAUAUAGUGUAAUAUGCCUUACAGUGAUAAAACUGCACAUUACUUUAGACUCCUUCAGUGCUGUUUCAUUUUGGGGCAGCACUAUUUUCUGUUAUUACAGUGCUUAAUAAUUGUAAAAAUGUAAAAUAAAAUUGGGAUAGUUUGGUGCCAGUGCCUUGUCCUGCAGCAUUUACAGUUGACCAAGAAGGAACCUUGUACCUGUGAACUUUGAAGGAAAGUUUUUCAUUUAAACGAGUUGGCACAUGCAUUUAAAAUGGUUGUACAGAAAAAAAGCAUUAUAAUGUUCACUUUUUUGUAUUUUAUUUUUUAUUGUUUGUUAUUCAUGUCAUUUUUGUUAAAUAUUUCUGACCUUUAAAGCAUCUUUAGACCU